GAGCGCUCGUCCCUCCUCUCCACUCGGCCCGCAUCGUGCAUCCAACAGUUUCAGGUGUAUUUGCCGGUUGGAGUUUUCAUUCCCACUUCCCCUUGCUGCCAACAUUUCCGCGCUGCUACAGUUUGCAUCCGGCGCCACUCCAAGCCGAUGACACUGCCGGACUCUUUCAUCCAACGCCAGCGCCUGGACGCCAGCAUGGCCGACACUUUCCUGGAGCACCUUUGUCUGCUGAACAUUGACCAAGAGCCAAUCACAGCGCGCAACACCAGCAUAAUCUGCACCAUCGGUCCCGCAUCCCGAUCUAUUCCUAAACUCCAAGAGAUGAUCAAGGCAGGAAUGAAUAUUGCUCGUCUAAAUUUCUCUCACGGCUCACACGAAUACCACAGUGAGACCAUCAAAAACAUCAGAGAGGCUGUGGAGACAAUUACCCCGGACCCCUUGUGUUAUCGUCCGGUGGCCAUCGCCUUGGACACGAAGGGUCCAGAGAUCCGCACGGGAUUAGUGAAAGGGAAAGUAGAGGAGGAAGUGGAGCUGGAAAGGGGCAGCCGCGUCCGCGUGGUGACGGCAGAGAGUGACAAAGACGCCACAGACGGGAACAUUAUCUGGGUGGACUACCCCAGCCUGCCCAAAGUACUGAAGACGGGAAGCAAGAUCUACAUUGAUGACGGCCUCAUUGGGCUCAAAGUACUAGAAACUGGUUGUGACUGGGUGGAUACGGUCGUGGAGUCGGGCGGGCGGCUGUGCAGCCGUAAAGGCGUUAACCUCCCAGGCUCCGACCUCAUCGGCCUGCAGGCGGUCAGCCAGCGGGACGAGGCCGACCUGAGGUUCGGGGUCGCCCAGGGCGUCGACAUCGUGUUCGCCAGCUUCAUCCGCUCCGCUCAGGAUGUCAAGGACGUGCGCCGAUCUCUCGGGCCGCACGGACGAGACAUCAAAGUGAUCAGCAAGGUGGAGAGCCGGCAAGGGGUUAAGAACUUUGAGGAGAUCCUGGCGGAAAGCGACGGCGUGAUGGUUGCCAGGGGCGACCUGGGGAUAGAGAUCCCAGCGGAGAAAGUCUUCAUCGCCCAGAAGAUGAUGAUUGGACGCUGCAACUCUGCCGGCAAGCCGGUCAUCUGUGCCACACAGAUGCUUGAGAGCAUGGUGGCCCACCCACGGCCGACCAGAGCGGAGGGCAGUGACGUCGCCAACGCCGUGCUGGAUGGAGCCGACUGUGUUAUGUUAUCCGGGGAGACCGCCAAGGGACUGUUUCCUGUGGAGGCAGUCGCAAUGAUGCACUCGAUCUGCAGGGAGGCAGAGGCAGCCAUUUUCCACCAGCAGCUGUUUGAGGAGUUGCGUCGCCUCACUCCUCUCUCCUGUGACCCCACAGAGGUCACAGCCAUCGGCGCUGUAGAGUCCUCCUUCAAAUGCUGCGCCGGGGCCAUCAUCGUCCUCACCACCAGCGGCAGGGCGGCACAUCUUCUGUCCAGGUAUCGACCGCGCUGUCCUAUUAUCGCCGUCACCAGAACCCCUCAGGUGGCUCGCCAGACUCAGCUGUUAAGAGGAGUGUUUCCUGUCCUCUUCCACCCUCUGCCUGCUCCCGUCUGGGCUGAUGAUGUAGACAAUAGGGUCAAUUUCGGCAUGGACAUUGGGAAAGCCAGAGGAUUCUUCAAGUCGGGCCACAUGGUGAUUGUGGUGACAGGCUGGAUCCCGGGGUCCGGUCACACUAACAUUAUGAGGGCAGUCAGCGUCCCGUAAAAGCCCAAAACUACUUGACUCUAAAUCUGCUGACAUGCUGAUGUAUAAACGUGAUGAAAAUCGGAGAAAUAGUAAUAAAUAAAUAAUACAAAUUUACAUAGUAAUCACCGUGACUAAUAGAUUAACAAAAGCAUUUGGUAGCAUCAUGCGUUAUUUAAACUCAGGUUGUGGUAUAGGGAAACAUUUGGAACUGGUCUCAUGAAUACUGCAUUUGUGUUUAAAUGCGUCUUGAAAACAAUGACUCCCUCAAAUAAAACUUGAAUUAUUACGUUUAA